CGUGAUGGGUGUCGCGCGAAAGGUAAAUCAAGAUUGUUGAUGGUUGCAGUUGGAUCAGCUGUUGUGCGUGGCCUUUAAACUUUCAUAUUUUUGUGCCAAAUUAAGAAAUACUGGUGAUUGCAAGAUGUCUGCUGACAAAAGAAUAAUGAAAGGAAAUAAAGGGUUCUCAUGGGUCGGAAUGGGCAAACGUGACGGGAAAGCAACCCGGCGCUUCAAAAACACACAUUACGAAGGAUUUCGUCUUCCAGGAGUUGAUUCAAUCAAGGUGGGAGACCAUGUACUGAUAGAGGGAAACUCGGUUGAGAGUUUUGUUGCUCUCAUUGAAGAUCUCUUUGAUAAUGGGCAAGAUGCUGAGAACGACCCUUACAGGGCCAAAGUCCAGUGGUACAUGCGCCCCUCGGAAUUGCCAAAAUCAAUUUCCCGGAAACUGCCAGUUGAUCCUGUCUCCGGGGAAAUCUACAAAUACAUCCAGUCUAAAGGAGCAUCCACCGAUGUAGAGAUUGAUGCAGAGACAAUUAUUGGGAAAUGCGUGGUUAAAGAAGUAGAUGUUGACUUCGACAUACCAGAUGAGAAGGAAAAGAAAGUGAACCCUGUCUUCUAUACUCGAUAUGCCAUCAAUGUCAAUACUGUAAUCCCUCUCAUUGAUCCUGAGGAGGAAGAAGAGGAGGAGGAGGAGGAAGAAGAAGAGGAAGAAGAGGAGGAGGAGGAUGAAGAAGAGGAGGAAGAGGAGGAAGAAGAAGAGGAGGAUGAGGAGGAGGAAGAAGAAGAGGAAGUGAAGAAAAAUGUUAGGAAGAAAGGAUCUAAAGAAAUUAAUUCUUCAGCAGUGAAUAAAAUUUUUUCACCAAGGAAAAGGAUAACGUACACAGCUGAUGAAGUGUGGGAGAUGUUUUCCUCGGAUGACGACAACUCCCCGUGGAAACAGACAAAGAAGAGCACUUCCAAGAAACCUGUGGUAUCCACAAAGAAGGAAGCCAGGAAAGUGGGCAGACCCAGUCUCGCCAGGAACACCCCGGUCCUCAAGGGGAUCCAGCCUAAAGUUCUUGAAGCUUUGGAAAUGGAGGAGAAGAUGACGCGCGGAGGACGGGUGAUAAAACCGACCUCCAAGCUGAGGAUGUCCAUGGAAACGGAAGCACAAAGCAAGUCACCGUCAAAGUCCAGACUCCCCACCACUCCCAAACAGAAGCAGAAGGCGGCGAAGACGCCAAAGACAGUCGGAGGUCGAGUUGGUCGACCGUCCAAGGCGGAUUCACUGAGGAAGACUCAAAGUUGUAUAAAGGAAAGCUCCAAGCAGAAAGGAAAAAAUGCAUCCACACCGAGGAGGAGAAAAUUGACGUAUGAUGAUGAGGAGGAGGAAGAAGAAAAUUACACUGCAAUUAAGAGGAGAAAAAUGUCAACUGCAUCACAAUCUGUACCCCAGAUUAUUGGUAAGAAAAGAUUAUUAUCAAGGAGAGAUGCUACCCCUGGUAUCCAUAGUAGAUCCACCCCCGUUAAGACCCCAUCAAAGCCACUGGAACAUGCAAGAGUCAGAUUGCAUGUGUCGGCAGUACCAGACAGCCUCCCCUGUAGGGACCAAGAGUUUGCUGAUAUCUACUCAUUCGUCAAAUCAAAACUAUUGGAUGGUACAGGGGGCUGCAUGUAUAUAUCUGGUGUACCAGGCACAGGAAAGACGGCUACCACCAUGGAAGUGCUUCAUUGGUUGAAACAAGACGCCGAGGCUAAAGACAUUCCCAAGUUCAAAUGUGUGGAGGUCAACGGAAUGAGAUUAACUAAUCCUCAUCAGGCUUACGUUCACAUCAUUAAGAGUUUAACAGGAAAGAAAGCGACCCCUGAGCAUGCGGCUAAUCUACUUGAUAAACUCUUCAGUUAUAACAAAGCUACCAAAAUGCCUACAGUACUUAUUGUAGAUGAGCUUGACUUGCUAUGGACUCGCAAGCAGGGUGUUCUUUACAGUAUCUUUGACUGGCCGACGAGGCCCAAUGCUCAACUGAUUGUUGUUGCCAUAGCAAACACCAUGGAUCUCCCAGAACGCAUCAUGAUGAAUAGAGUUGUCAGCAGAAUGGGACUGACGAGAAUGACCUUCCAGCCUUACACCUACAAGCAGCUGCAGGAGAUAGUUGAAAGUCGUCUCAAGGGCAUUGAUGCUUUUCAGCCAGAUGCUGUUCAGCUUGCAGCGAGAAAGGUUGCUGCUAUAUCAGGUGAUGCUAGACGAGCCUUGGACAUCUGCCGUCGUGCUACUGAGAUCGCCGAGAGUCACGCCCAGAAGACCAAGAAGAAAGCAGUCGUCGGCAUGGCCCAGGUCGAUGCAGCCGUAACCGAGAUGUUCUGUUCCCCCAAGAUUGUUGCUAUGAGACAAGCUUCUGAACAAGAACAGAUCUUUUUGAGAGCCGUCAUCUCAGAGUUCAGGCAGUCGGGAUUAGAAGAAGCCACAUUUGCUGAGGUUUUACAACAGCACAUAUCACUAUGCAGGAUAGAAGGUCAGUUGCCUCCUACAGUGUCUGAUGUCUGGGGUGUGUGUAAAAGACUAGCAUCAACAAGACUUCUACUCUUAGAAGCAAGCACUAAUGAACUCGGCCAGAGAGUACGUCUUAACGUUAGUCAAGAUGAUGUUCGGUAUGCAUUGGAUUCCCGGAACCAAUAGUGAUCUGCUCCAGUACUUUGACAGUAUCCACAAGACUUCUACUCUCAGAAGCAAGCACUAAUGAACUCGGCCAGAGAGUACGUCUUAACGUGAGUCAAGAUGAUGUUCGGUAUGCAUUGGAUUCCCGGAACCAGUAGUGAUUUACUCUGGUACUUUGACAGUAUGCAAAAGACUUCUACUCUUCGGAGCAAGCACCAAUGAACUCGGCCAGAGAGUACGUCUUAACGUUAGUCAUGAUGACGUUCGGGAUGCAUUGGAUUCCAGGGAUCAAUAGUGAUUUACUCCGGCACUUUGACAGUAUCCACCAGACUUCUACUCUUAGAAGCAAGCAACAAUGAACUUGGCCAGAGAGUACGUCUUAACGUUAGUCAAGAUGACGUUCGGUAUGCAUUGGAUUCCAGGGAUCAAUAGUGAUUUACUCCGGUAAUUUGACAGCAUCCACAAGACUUCUCCUCUUAGAAGCAAGCACCAGUGAACUAGACCAGAGAAUGUGUCUUAACUUCGGUCAGGAUGUUGUUCCCUAUGGCCUUAUACAUUCCUGGAUUCUGUAGUGAUUUUUUAAAAAACUUUCCAAAGUCAUAGUGGAACAGGAAUCAGAACUAUUGAGAUUGAGUUUGAGUGAGAAACGUGACAUACGCAAGAUGUUCUGGAUCUGAACCACAGUGGCAAACAAUAUGUAUUUGAUUCCUGUACUAUAAUGACUGUAUAAGGUCUGUGGAAAUUACCAAUUUUUUUCUGUAGUUUCACCUAUUGUGGAUUACCAAAUAAACUUUCCAAGAUUUUGUUUUGUGUGAGGAACAUGAUACUGCCAGGAUAUUUUGAACCAGAGUCUUGGGUUCUGUUUCAUAAAGACUUGUUAUAGUAACAAAUGCACAAUUUCUAUAACAAAUUUACCAUCAGCCAAUCAGAAAGAACGAUUUCAGUAGCUUUUAACUGUUAUUGCAAAGUUGUUAUCGUAACAAGUUUUAUGAAACGGACCCCAGAUGACUUGGAAUCAUAGAUCCAAUAAUUAUCCAUGUCAUUGCUAUUUCAAUGUAAGGGCAACAUUUACCGGCCACGGGUUCAGACCGUGAUUUGGUUUUUAAUGAAUUUCUAAUGAUUUCUAUAUUUAAGUGAUUUUUAAAAAUGCUAUAGAGGCUGCGCAAACAGUACUUUCAGCUGGGCUGAAAUGUGUUAUUAUUCUUUCUGGAAUGUACUGGAACCAACAUAACAUAAAUUCAGUGACAUACUUUUUAUUGUGUCAUUAUGCAACUUGAAAGGGACGUGUAAAAGUACUAGAAGACCUAUAAAAUGGUGCUCCAGUUUUUUUUUGCCAUCUUUACAUUGCCUAAAGCCCCAUUGGAAUAAAGUUAGUAUACCCCCCUCCUGAUACACAGGACAAUUCGUCGUGUCGGUGCAGGAACGCCCUUAGCUUCAGACUUCCAUGCACCUCAUCAGUGCAGAAACGCUUUUGCGCAAUGCCCUUAUGCACGCAACUAAGGGCAUUUUUGCGAGCAUGCAAUGUACAAAAGUAUAGUGCUAAGGUCGUUCCUGCAAUGACAUGACAAAUUUUAGGAGCAUACAUGAUGUGUUUAUAUAUCAGAUGAAAACAACAAAAUACAGCUUAAACACAUUUCUACUUGAUUGAAAUUGAUUACCUACAUUGGACCAUGGUCUUUAUAUUCCAAAAUCCUAUGCAUUUAUUGACAAAAAAAUCAAUAGGUAAUUAAAUGCUGCAUUGCAAAGGUUAAAUGAUAAUUUCUACAGGUGCUAGGGAUUAGCGGGGUGGGGUUGGAUGUUGUGUUAAAGUGAACUUUUUUUUAUUAACCUGAAAUAAUUGUAGACAAACAUAAUGAAUAGAACAUAAUAUUUUAAUGAUUGUAUUUGAUAAAGUUUUUAAUUCAAUAUGAAAUUAACAAUUUGGCACAGAUGUAUGUUGAUAAUGGCCUGUGAUUUGCUGUUUAAAAAAAAACAAAUUGUGUUGCAUUGUUUUGAACAAUAAUACUAUCAUUGAACUUUAUGAGGGUACUCGUUAUUAACACAUUAAUAGUAUACCUGAAAUUAAAGGCGUUGUCUAACAUUACAUGUACGAAGGUCAUAUUUAUAAAAAUAUCUGAACUUUGAUUGAUGUUGCAAUUUAAUAUUGUUCAUAUGGAUGAAAGAAUACCCAGGAAGAAAAAAAACUUUCAAGAUAUCUGUGACUGAAAAAUAAUUGAAAUAUUAUGCAACAUUUUAUAUUUUCCAGAAGCGAGUUUUAAAAAUUUGAUCAAUAUAACUUAUAUUAAUAAUCAUUUACCCCAACAAAUUUCAUUUGUAAAUAUUUCAAUGUUUAAGAAGAAAAGCUUUGGGGAAAGAUGUGAAAAAUGGUUUAGAUUAAUUCUGGUAUAACAGUUCACAUGAAUGUGCCUUUUAAUAUUUUUUGUGUGGACAUUUUAAACAAUUUUUCACCUAAACUUAAGAUUUUAACACGGAAAUAAUGUGCCUUAAGAAUUUUGAUGUACUGUAAAUAAACUUUACCUUUUGGAAACAGAAGAAAAUUA